GGAGGAGCUGGUCUCCUGCCAGCGGGAGCUGGACGUUCUGUCCCAGCAGUUCUCCAUGAAAUGUCUGGAGAACCGGCAUCUAAUCCAGGCGCUGGACGCCGAGAGGAAGGCCUUGUGCCAGUGCCAGCAGGAGAACCAGGACCUACGGAGCAGAAACCAGGAGCUGAGUGGACAUCUGACUGCAGAGAUCAGCAGACUGUGUUCGGAGUCGCUGCUGCUCAGCCGGGAGGUGGGCGUGUACGAGAUGGAGGUCACCCUGAGAGUGAAAGACUCAGAAGUUCGUUAUCUGAAGCGGGAGAUUACGUCUCUGAGGGACAAGCUGCUUUCAGCUCUGAAGGUGUCGUCUCACACGGCGGCUGCAGCAUGUUUACAGCAUAGACU